AUGAGGGUUCUUCUUACGGGAGGCAGCGGCUUUAUCGCCGCACAUGUGCUUGAUUACCUCCUCGAACAUGGCCACUCCGUGGUAACGACCGUACGCAGCCAAGAAAAAGCCGACCGAAUCGCCAAAGCGCACCCGCAGCAUCAGAAAGACAAGCUUGAUUUCGCACUUGUCGAAGACAUUGCUAAAGAAGGUGCUUUUGACAAGGCAGUAGUGAGCGACCCUCCAUUUGAGGCCGUCAUUCACACUGCUUCGCCAUUCCACUUCAAUGUCACCGACGUCCAAAAAGAGCUUCUCGAUCCCGCAUACAUCGGAACCACCGGCAUCUUGAAGAGUAUCAAGAAGAACGCACCCACGGUGAAGAAGGUGGUCAUUACAAGCAGUUUCGCAUCAAUUAUCGAUCCAGGCAAGGGCAAUGGUGUCGGACACACGUAUUCAGAGAAGGAUUGGAACCCAAUCACGCACAAGGAAGCUCUUGAGACCCCAUCUGCUGGAUACCGUGCCUCAAAAGUCUUCGCUGAGAAGGCGGCAUGGGAAUUUGUUGAAAAGGAAAAGCCAAGCUUCACACUCUCGACAAUGUGCCCUCCGCUCGUCCUUGGCCCGAUCGUGCACUACUUGAACUCCCUCGAUGCGCUCAACACUUCCAACCAGCGAGUUCGAGACGCCAUGCUCGGCAAGCACAAGGAUGAAAUCCCUCCCACCGGCACAUUCAUCUGGGUCGAUGUCCGAGACCUUGCAUUGUGCCACGUGCUCGCGAUUGAGAAGGAGGAGGCUGCGAACAAGCGGUUCUUCAUCACCGCGGGAUACUUCACAAACAGACAGAUUUCUGAAGCCAUUGCAAAGUCUUUCCCAGAGCUCAAGGACAAGCUGCCAACAGAGAAGACUAAGGGAGGUGACUUCCCUGAGGAGGGUCUUUACAAGAUCGAUAAUUCUCGUGUGACAUCGACGCUCGGAAUCAAGUUCCGAUCAUUCGACGAGAGCAUUAGGGACACUGUCAAGAGCUUGCAGGCUGUCGGAGCAUGAAUCAAUCAUAGAGACCGUUGCGUCUGAUAGAUGGGCCACGAUAUGAGAUAACAUAAAUGCUCAACAUUCCAUGCUACUUUUC